AUGGCGCCCAAACCAAAACCAAAACCAAAAUGUUUCUCUACCCCCAAGACUAAACCCAACAUCACCACACCCACUCCUACCCCUCGCACCACUCCAAGGACCACCAACACGAGAACCAAGACGAGAACCAUCACGAAGACCACCACCGCAUCUCCCAGGGUGACGGCCAUCACCAUGAAGAAGACACCACCGCCCUCCAAAAGGAAAGUCACCAGGCACCACGCCUGCCGCUUCAAGCCGCCAUGCAAGCAAGGCCACGGUGGCCCAGCCAAGUCCAUCUUGCCGAUCGGCAAGUACUACUAUAGUGAGGAGGCGCUCGUGCGCGAUCUAGAUGCUCUAAAGCGGGGUGCCAUAUACAAGGACGACAAAGAGUUCUUUAAGCGGGUGAAGGCGUGGUACAAGGCCGAGGUUGAUCGUUUGAUAUAUCGGAAGCAAGUUCAGAGUGAGGCAAAGAAAGAGAAAGAGGAAAAGGAGAUCGAUAAGGUCAUGAUCAGGCCCGCCGCGGCGACUACACGACCAGGAACUAGCAACCUGAAGCGCAAGCUCGCCGCUGCUUCCAACAUGAACUCCGACGGCAGUGGAUCGUCUGACGAGCCUUUAAUAUCCGACGACUCAGUUGACAACCCCUCCUCCGAGUCCGAGUACUCUGAUUUCGACGACAGUCAUUUCCGAAAGAUACGUGCUCUGAGGGCCACCACUCCCAUCACCAAGAAUCCCCACCAAACUCUUCAGACACCACCCCCGUCCUCCUCCGAAAAGCCGACACCCACGCGUGUACAGCCCAGCAGAGCAGUCAAGCGUAAAGUUGACACUACCCCAUCGCUACUACCACUGACCCCGGCUAAGACCCCAAGUCCCAAACGGCGGAAGAUGACACCGGUCGUUGAACGCCCAAAAUCAGAACCGAACGCGGAGCACCGCGAAAGCCCCCGCCCCGAAGACCAAACGAAAGGCGACUACACCCUCUCGAAACAUGACUUUGAGGAGUACCAACCCGAUUACGCCGACCGUGGCUCACAUGCCGACGGACUAGACGUCGCUUACUUCAUGAUCGAAGUCGAGAAAGCCGUUGAUGUCGCCAUCAACGAGCUGGUAGCCGCUCGUCUCGGCAACGGAGUCUUUUCUCUAUCCUCCCCGAGCGAAAUUGAUCAAGGCGGUAUUCGAGCAAGGUGGAGGAGACUUGGCAUUAUCGCCAGCCAUACUAAUGUUGUUGGCCAUAAAAACCGAACCGCGGAAGAAGAAAGUAAGGACGAGGAAGAGGUGUUUGUGCCUGCUGGUGAUGCAGUGUCGGGCGAAGACAGGCGACCGCUGGCGCUUUCACGUUCUGCUCCCCCUGAGGUGAACAAGGGAGGGAAGAAAGGGCUUGAACUACGACUCGUUUCCAGGCAAGGAACACCGGCUCCGGAAGCGCCGAUGGAGCUUAGUCCGACGCUAGGACGAUGGCAGCUUGCGGGUGAUAGGAGAGGGAGUGGCUCUUCUAGACUGGGCGGUUCCAGAGCUGGGGAUAGGGUGAAGAUGAAACGUGAGGUCGACUCGAAGGCAGUAGCGGCGGAGAAAGAAUCUGGUCUCGGAUCAGGAGGUGAAGGUGCAGUCGUGGGAUCGCCCAUGGAAUCGAACAAAAGGUCGAUACAGGUGUCUGGAUUGAAGUUCGACGUAGAGCUGCGCACGCUCGAAGUUGGAGAAUAUGGCGAGAGCAAAAAGACCAUAUGGUUCCAUAUGCUGUGA